AUGAGGACCUGCAAAGCCAGUGCUGUCUCUGUCCGGGCUGACGUCGCCUCCCAGAUGGCCUCCAGGAUGACCCCGCUGACCCUCCUGCUGCUGCUGCUCUUGGCUGGGGACAGAGGCGCCUCAGAUAUGAUCGUCGGCCCAGGGAGCUUACAAGAAGGGGAAAGUGAAGGAGACAGCCGGAAAGGAGGUGUCCCCGACAACGAGUCCAUUCAGGGCAGCCAGGACCCUUCCACCUUGCCGAUGACUAACCUGACCGUCGCGCGAGGCGCUGUCACCGAGGCCCUCAGCCAGCCCGCCACCGGACCGGCGCGGCCGACCACCCAGCCCGGCGCUGAGGCCUUCUGCCCCGCGCCCGUCACCUCCUGCUCUGACACGGAGGUGCGCGCAGCUGAGGCGGUGCUGGGGGAGGCGCUGACAGACUUCUCCCUGAAGCUGUACCGCGACUUCUCGGUGCUGAAGAAGACGGAGACCAACUUCGUCUUCUCCCCCUUCAGCGUCGCCGGCCUCCUCACCCAAACCCUGCUCGGGGCUGGAGGAGAAACCAAGGAAAGCUUGGAGCGCCUCCUCUCUUACCCCCAGAACUUCAGCUGUGUCCACCGUGCCCUGAAUGCCUUCACGUCCGAAGGUUUCACCUCGUUCUCUCAGAUCUUCCACAGCUCAGACCUGGCCAUCAGGGACACGUUCGCCGACGCCUCUCAGAGGCUCUACGGCAGCAGCCCAAGGCCCCUGGGGAACAACAGCACAGCCAGCGUGGAGCUCAUCAACGACUGGGUGGCCAAGAAGACCAAGCUCAGGAUCAGGCGGGUGCUGGACAGCCUGCCUGAGGACGCCCGCCUCGUCCUCCUCAACGCGGUCGCCCUGAGCGCCAAGUGGAAGAUAGCGUUUGAUAACAGCAGAACGGUCAUGAUGCCCUUUUACGUUAAAUCCUCUGCCAUCAAAGUGCCCAUGAUGAACAGCAAGAAGUACCCUGUGGCUUCUUUCACAGACCGGACUCUGAAGGCCCGGGUGGGCCGCCUGCAGCUGUCCCACAACCUGAGCUUUGUGAUCCUGGUGCCCCAGACCGUGAAACACCAUCUCCAAGACCUGGAGCAGGCUCUCAGUGCCGCCGUCUUCAACGCUGUCCUGAAGAAGCUGGAGAUGACCAAGUUCCAUCCCACACACCUGACGAUGCCUCGCAUCAAAGUGCAGAGCAGCCAGGACAUGCUGGAUUACUUCGACUUUAUCUACGGCGUCAACCUGUGCGGGCUGACGGAGGACCCGGACGUGCAGGUGUCCGGGAUUCGGCACCAGGCCACCCUGGAGCUGACGGAGAGCGGGGUGGAGGCGACCGCCGCCUCGGUCGUCUCCGUGGCCCGUAACCUGCUGGUCUUCGACGUGCAGCAGCCCUUCCUCUUCCUGCUCUGGGACCAGCAGCACAAGUUCCCGGUCUUCAUGGGCCGAGUGUAUGACCCCAAGGGCUGA